GUUGGGUCAUGUAAUCUUUGGGCUCUCAUGGGGAACUUCAAUGUGGCUCCACAAUCAGUUUUUGGUGUCAGGGCCUCAGGCCCAGGUGGAGGACCGUGGGGCUGCCCAUGCAGCUAAAGGGCCCACACGCUGGGACAACAUGAUGGCUGGGCCCUGACUCUACUGUCACUGUCCUUUCCAGAUGAAGAAGCUGGAGGAAGACCUUAAAAAGCUGAGGAAGGAUACAGCCAAGUGGAAAGAAGAGAGCAGCAAGGAGAUCUCUCAGCAAAUUGAGGCUUUGCGGCAGGAGACAAGGCGUGAGCUGCAGAAGAUGGGAGAGCAGCAGGAGAGGAGGAAUGCCAUGCUGGAGCAGAUGCUGAAUGAGACAGCCGACCAGCUGAAUGAGCAGGUGAGGUCCUGGGGGAGCACUCCCACCACUCCUGGCACGGUCCUGUUGCAGCUCCAUGCCACAUCUUCCUGCUCUGUUGUGCUUUGCUGUAAUCUUAUGGGAGAGCCAAAUUGCCCAAAUUGGCCUGGACCAGUCAGUGGCAUGGACAGUAAUUAAAGCCUUGAUACAAAUGUCCUCUUGACAUGGUGGGCUCAUGGCCACUGACUGAGUCAUGUGUGUUUGCCCCUGUGGAGCAGACAGACCCCCCUUGGGUCAGCACCUUAUGUUCUUCCAUCCCGGGAGCAGGAUCAGGAGCUGAGACAGCAAAUGGAAGCCAAGUUUUUGCAGAUCCAAAAAGACUAUGAGAAACUCAACCUUGCCUCAGGGAUGCUCCAGAAGGACUCUCAACAAAAGCAGAAGGAUAUCACGGUAGGUGGCUGAAACCCCUUUUUGGUCAGAGCAUCCCCCAAGACGACUCCAUUCAGGGAUCACAAGGAAUCUCCUGCUGACCUCCUCACAGCACUGUGCUGGUCCCAAGUGCAUUCCCUUGAGGUUUUUGGGCAGGGGGAGAGGGGUGUGCUUCUACAUCCUGCAGUAUGCCACCACCUUACUGUGGUGUGAUGAGUUCCUUUCUGUGCUGAAAGAUGCUGUUCCAGUCUCUGGAGAAGCUGCAGAAGGAGAAGGCAGAUCAGCAGGACAUGCUGGCAGCAAUGGACAUGAAGGCGGACAAAGCUGCCUUGGGCAGCAAAGUCAAUUGCAGCCAAUUUGAAGAGAACAUGGAGGAGCUGGAUGAGAGGAUGGAGGAGUUGCAGAGCCAGAUUUCAGGCCAGGAGCAGCACUGGAAUAAGAUGCAGCAGCAGAUCAGUGAUGCAAUGGAAGAGAAGCUGGAUCGCCUGGAGCUGAAGACGUUCCGCAAACACCUGGAGGACUCCUGGAACAGGAACAUGGAAGAGCUCGAGAAUAGGCUGUCGCGUGAAAAUGCUGCUGGGUAUAAGAAGUGAGUGUGAUGGAGACACUGAUGGCUUUGGGGACAGUGAUGGUCCCAUUCCCUCCAGCUCUCCCACACACUGCCCCUCUGGUCCCCUGCCACGGCACCAAUUCUGCUGCUAAAUGAACCUCAGGGAAGCUGAUGAAGCCGCUGCACCUUAUCCUUCCACCAGCGGCAGGUUGCACACA